UCAGCAGGAUUGGGUCAGGGCCUGACUGCCAAGGCCUGCUGGCAUCAUACUGCCUGGGUUAACAUGGGAGGCAGGGCCAGGGGGAUUAGAAUCUCUGAGCCAUCACAUGCUGUCAGGGGGAAUGUGGGCUACAGCUUCCUCGCAGGCAGGAGUCUCAGGUUCUCCUCGUUCCUGCACCCAGUAACAGCCCCAGGGUGACCAGCUCUGUGGUGGGGACACCUGGACUCCUUCUUACAGUUCUGGUGCUAAGGGACCACUUCUGAAGCUGGGGAACCCCAGGGAGGGGUCAGUGGCCAGAUACCCAUGUUGAGCAUCCACCCCCUGAAACCUGAGGCCCUGCAUCUGCCUCUUGGGACCUCAGAGUUCCUAGGCUGCCAGCGGCGCCACACACUCCCUGCCAGUGAGUUCCGCUGCCUCACGCCGGAGGAUGCCACCAGUGCGUUUGAGAUUGAGCGCGAAGCCUUUAUCUCGGUCUCGGGUACCUGCCCCCUCCACUUGGAUGAGAUCCGGCACUUCCUCACCCUGUGUCCAGAGCUGUCACUGGGCUGGUUCGAGGAGGGCUGUCUUGUGGCCUUCAUCAUCGGUUCACUUUGGGACAAGGAGAGACUUACUCAGGAGUCGCUGACACUACACAGGCCCGGAGGCCGCACGGCCCACCUGCACGUACUGGCUGUGCACCGAACCUUCCGGCAGCAGGGCAAGGGCUCCGUCCUGCUGUGGCGAUACCUUCACCACCUGGGGAGUCAGCCGGCCGUGCGCCGGGCUGUGCUCAUGUGCGAGAACGCCCUGGUGCCCUUCUAUGAGAAAUUUGGCUUCCAGGCCAUGGGCCCGUGCGCCAUCACCAUGGGAUCUCUCACCUUCACUGAGCUGCAGUGUUCCUUACGGUGCCACACCUUCCUGAGGAGGAACAGUGGCUGCUGACCCAAGCUGCACACUUGGCCAUGGCGAGGGUGGGAGUGACAAGCUUGGGGGCUCCUGUCCACUUCCCAGGUCACAUCCUUCUCUGCCCAACUAGAGCUGGCUAGCAUGAAGGGAGACAGCAGUUCCCAAGUGGAGUAGAGAGGUAAGGGUCAAUAAAGAGGACAGGAGAUGGCGUCCCUUCAGCACAGGCUGCUGUCUGUCCCCAGUGGACCGCUUGCCUUCUGAACUGUGCACAAAGGCAAGACCAGGACGUGGAAACGAGAGCAGCGGGAGGUUUGUCCCCACACUUCCUCCUCUGCCUGCUCUGUUUCUGGGCUCCAGUGCGGUGCCCUGGUUCUUGGGAGCCUCACUCUAGGCCAGGCUGACAUCCCUUCCUAGCUCCUAAGUCUGGGAAUGAGGGGCAGCCAGGAGCGGGGGACUUGUGAAUGGUGGCAUCAUUGGGGUACGGACAUGACACAGGGCCACACCAAACUACACUCAGGCACCCAUGUGCUGGCCCACCUGCCUCCCUAGUUCCCCUUCUAUCCUGGUCCCCCCACCAGCCCCAGUACUGACACUAAUAAAGCAGCUAUGUUCCCAGUG